UUCGUCCCUUCACGUGCAUUUGUUUUGAUUCCCUACCAAAACAACAGAGAAGCGUUUUAUUUUUGCGCCCAAAUAAAUUAUAAUAAAUAAAUUUUAAUUAGUGAACUAUACAUACACCAAGAACAUGUCAAUAAAACCAAAGAAACAAAAGAAAAUUAAAAAAUCUCCCAAAAUUCCGGCAAAAGUUGUAAACGAAGAUGUGGAAAUGUCAGCUGAAGAUGAGGACGAGGAAAACGAAGAAACCCCAUUAAGAACUGACAACCACCAGGAUGUAUCCAAUGAUGAGCAUGAAGACGAUGGUAAUGGUUUGGCCAUUGAAAGUCCUGCAGAGGAUGGUGACGACGACGAUGAUGAUAUGGAUCUGGCCAAUUUCCGUCCCGGAGAAGAUCAACCAAAGAAAAAACGUAAAAAAGGCAUUAUUUACAUUUCAAAUAUACCCAAGCAUAUGAACGUUACACGGAUACGGGAAAUUUUGGGUGAAUAUGGAAAAAUUGGCAGGGUAUAUCUGCAGCCAGAAAAGCUGCCAGGAAGUGAUGACAAAAAGAAGAAGAAAAAACGCAAACCUUUUGCCCGCCACUUCACCGAAGGUUGGGUGGAGUUUGAAUCGAAGCGAGUCGCCAAACAAAUUGUUCCCCUGCUGAAUAAUAAACAAAUAUCUUCACGCAAAAAGUCACAAUUCUACGAUUAUAUUUGGAGCAUGAAAUACCUGCCACGUUUCAAAUGGUGUCAUCUCACCGAACGCAUGAACUACGAACAGGCUGUGCACAAACAACGUCUUAUGGCCGAGGUGUCACAGGCCCGCAAGGAGACGACAUUCUUCCAAAAUAAUUUGGAUAAAAGUGAAUUUAUUAAGAAAAAAGAAAAGAAAAUGAAAAAAAUAGAGGAUAAGAAAACAAAUAAAGUGACUGUGGCAUAAGCUAAGUGUAAAUACGUACCAAUUGGAUAAA